CAGCCACCUCCCGCUCUCUCUAUCUCUCUCUCUCUUUCAACUUCAAGUUUCCUCCCCUGUGAAGCAUCUCUCUCUCUUUCAACUUCAAGUUUCCUCUCUGAAAUCUUUUUCCCUCCGUGAUUAUUGCUCUCUCUCGGGUCCCAUUCCGUUCCGUCUUUCUGACUGAGCACAGAAGCAUCCCUUUUGAAUCCACCCUCCUCAAACCCUUCCAUUUCUCUAUCUCCACCUCUUUCAUAUAUUCCUUGUUUUCAGAAAGAAUCAUUGUUCUUUUUUUCAAACCAGAGUAUUCUACUCUUCUUUCCCUUAACUGGUCUGUUUCAGCCUAGAAACCAUGACUACCGCCAUUGAAACGGCUGCUCUAUCAGCCUUUGUCAAGUUACUUUUUGAGAAGAUUGGAAAUAUUGCCUUCUCUAAACUAUCCAAGUUUCCUCGGAAAAAGAAAGUCAUUGCCAAGAUUAACAAGUGGAGGAAAACGUUGACCCACAUCCAUGCUGUGCUUGAAGAUGCAGAGGAGAAGCAGCUUACUAACCAGUCAGUGAAGAUGUGGCUGGACAGCCUCAGAGAUUUGGCUUAUGAUGUGGAGGACAUCUUGGAUGAGUUUGCCACCGAAAUUUUGCAACGCCAACUGAAGGAUGAAUCUCAAGCCAGCUCAAGUAAUCUCCGGAAACUCUCUCAUACUGUUGGGACAACCAUCAAUCCGGUAGCUGUUAUGUUCAAUUCAAAGAUGAUGUCCAAAAUGAAGCAGAUCACCACCAGAUUUCAGGAGAUUGUAGACCAGCAAAAGGACUUGGAUUUGAUAAAUAGAAAUGUUGGAGGGACGUCCUUUAGCAAGGUAUGUGUGCGACCACCUAGUACAUGUUUGCACCAUGAACCUAGAGUGUAUGGCAGAGACGAAGAUAAAAGAAAGAUAAUUGAUUUGAUUUCGAGCAUUGAAGCUAGUGAUGUGAAAGUUGGAGUAAUACCCAUUGUUGGGAUGGGUGGGGUGGGUAAAACAACACUUGCCCGGCUUGUCUACAAUGACGAGUUAUCACAACAGAAUUUUCAUCUAAAAGCGUGGGUUUGUGUGUCUGAUGAGUUUGACAUUUUGAUAAUAACAAAGAGCAUUCUUGAGUCAAUCACUUUGCAGUCUUGUGAUCUAAAGGAGCUCAAUCAAGUUCAACUCCAGCUACGUGAGCAAUUAGCAGCAAAGAAGUUUUUGAUUGUUUUAGAUGAUGUCUGGAACAAAAAUUAUAAUCAGUGGGACACCCUGCGUUCUUCACUUAUGUGUGGAGCUCCAGGAAGUAUAGUCAUCGUGACAACACGAGAUGAAGAUAUUGCACGGAUGAUGAAAACAAUUCAAUAUCACAAUUUGAAUUGUAUUUCAGAUGAAGAUUGCUGGAAAUUGUUUCUUGACCAUGCUUUUGAUAGUGGAAGUGUUGCAGAUCCAAAAGUGGAAGUCAUCCGUGAAAAGGUCAUAAACAAGUGCGGUGGCUUGCCAUUGGCAGCAAGGACUUUGGGAGGCCUUCUACGCUCAAAACCGCAGGAGCAUUGGGAAGAUGUAAUGAACAGCGAAAUUUGGAAUUCACAAGGUGACGGCAACAACAUUCUUUCUUUGUUAAGAUUAAGUUACUAUCAUCUCCCUUCGCAUUUAAAGAGAUGUUUCGCUUAUUGUGCAAUACUUCCCAAGGAUUAUGUUUUUGAAAAGAAGCAAUUAGUCCUUCUGUGGAUGGCAGAAGGUUUAAUUGAGCAACGAGAUGAUCAACAUAUGGAGGAUGUGGGUGAAGAGUAUUUUCAAGAUCUAUUGUCCAGAUCACUUUUUCAAUUUUCAAGCACUGGUGGAUUCGUAAUGCAUGACCUGGUGAACGAUCUAGCACAAGUGGUUGCUGGAGAUACAUAUUUCAGAUUGGAGGAAAAGUCAAGUAAGAAAGAAAAAGCUCGCUACUCUUCUUACAUCCCCUGCAGGUUUGAUCGCCGUGAAAGAUUUGAGCCAUUUGAAACCAUGAAGCAUAUGCGAACCUUCCUGCCCCUAUCACUAGCUGGUGAUAUGGAUAUCUGCUUAGCAAAUUGCAUUCCUUCUUAUUUGUUUUCAAAGUUACGAUUCUUAAGGGUGCUGUCCUUCAAUCAUUAUAAAAUCACUAAGCUACCAGAUUCAAUAGGUGACUUGAAGCAUCUAAGGUAUCUCGACCUUUCAUACACUUGUAUUGUAACUUUACCUGAGAGAACAACCUCUCUAUGUAAUUUACAAACUAUGCUGCUGAAAGGCUGUCGGGAUCUAGAGAAAUUGCCUUCAGAAAUGCAAAAUCUGAUCAACCUACGUCAUCUUGAUAUCCGAGGGACAUAUGUUAAAGUGAUGCCGCAGGGAAUGGAAAAAUUGAGAAGUCUUCGGACAUUGUCUGAUUUUGUUGUGGGGGAAGGUAAUGAAGUGGGUAUAACAGCUUUGGAGAAUUUAAAGUUUCUUCGAGGGGCACUUCGCAUUUCAAGGUUGGAUAAUGUGGCUAAUGCUUCAAAUGUAAGAGGAACCAUUUUAUUGGACAAGGGGAGAAUAGAUGAUCUGGUGAUGGCAUGGGGACGUUCUUAUUUGGCAAGUAGAUCGUUUUCUUUUCCAAACGGAGAUAGUGUUGUACUUGAGAAGAUGAAACCUCAUGAAAGUUUGGAAAAACUCACCAUAAUUGGUUAUGGUGGUGGUUUUCAAUUUCCUUCGUGGGUAGGGGAUCCUUUAUUUCGAAAUCUAGUAUGCCUAAAGUUGGAAAAUUGCAACUGCACAACCUUGCCUCAACUUGGGCUGCUUUCUUCUCUCAAGGACUUGGUUAUCAAAGGGUUUCCCAGUGUAAGAGCGGUUGAUCGUGAGUUUUGUUGGGGGAGUAUGAGCAGUUCAAAUCCUUUUCCAGCUCUUGAGACUCUACGCUUUGAGGACAUGGAAGAAUGGAAAGAGUGGAAUAUUUGUGGGUGUAAAUUCCGUCUUCUGCGCGAGCUUUCCAUUGUUAAUUGUCCCGAAGUGUUCGGAGAAUUACCCAGCGAUCUGCCUUCAUUGCAAACGCUUGAGAUUAGAGAAUGUUAUGGAUUGGUGGUUUCAUUUCAAAACCUUCCUAGCAUAUCUCACUUCCAAAUCCAAGGAUGCAGAAAGGUUGAAUUACGUGGAGGUUUUAGUGCAGCAAACUUGUUGAUGGUUAGUAAAGUAGAAUCAUUUUUAUUUGGAUCGGAAGAGUUGGAGCAAGGCUUAAGAAAGUUGAAAGCCUUGACUGUUGGUAAUCAUUCUAACUAUGAAAGCUUCACUGUUGGUAAUAAUUAUUUCUAUCCUCUCUCUUGUCCACAUUGGGUGCUUUUUGAAGACAUCGCUAAACGUGAUGAGUUGUUGCACGAGAACCUCGCUGAUAGUCAAAUUAAAAAUUUGGAAUUUUGUUGUUGUGAAGGGCUUGAGAAACUACCGCCGUGGAUUCAUAGCUUUAAGUCUCUGAGAAAGCUAUAUAUUGAAAACUGCCCGAGACUUAUUUCUUUGCCAGAUGCAGUGAUUUAUAAAAGUUUGUGUCUUGAGGAGUUGAAAAUUUUUGAGUGUGGUUCUCUAAUUUCCAUUGGAAGACACCAGCUACCCACAACUCUAAAAAGACUAGAGAUACAGGGCUGCGACGGAUUGCAGAGGCUGCUGGAUGCGAGAGAGACUUGUUCCUCUUCCAGGUUUACUGAUAAGGAGGGUAUCAGCUGCGAUGCUUACUCAUCUAAUCUUCAGCACUUGGAAAUUUUUAGUUGCCUCUCUCUUACAUUCUUAGGGGAUUUGCCUGUUUUCGACAACAACACAUCUCUUGAAUCUAUUGAAAUCAAUAGUGCUCCUCGUCUUAAAUCCUUACCUGAGAACCUGCACAUGCUCACCAAUCUACGCCGCAUUUUUAUAUAUCACUGUGAGGGACUCGAGGCCCUUCCUGAUGGUAUGCACAAUCUCACAUCUCUUCAAGAAUUGACUAUAAUGAAUUGUCCCAAUGUUGUUUCUUUCCCUCAGGGAGGGUUGCCCACCACUCAUCUGAAAAAAAUUAUACUUGAAUCCUGUGGGAAACUUAAGGCCCUUCCUGAUAACAUGCACAAUCUCACAUCUCUUCAAGAAUUGAUUAUAAUGAAUUGUCCCAAUGUUGUUUCUUUCCCUCAGGGAGGGUUGCCCACCACUCAUCUGAAAAAAAUUAUACUUGAAUCCUGUGGGAAACUUGAGGCCCUUCCUGAUAACAUGCACAAUCUCACUUCUCUUGAAGUUUUGGCUAUGCAAUAUUGCCCAGGCAUCAUGUCCUUUCCAGAAGAAGGUUUUCCCACCAACCUGAAAUCGCUUUCUAUUUAUGAGGUCGAGAUUUGUACCUCUUUGCUUAAUUGGGGUUUGCACAGGCUCACCUCUCUGGAGAAGCUCACAAUCGCAGGUGGAUGUCCCGGUGUGGUGUCCUUUCCACAAGAUGAGAUAGAUAUGAAGUUGUCCAACUCUCUUACCAGCCUCACCAUUGAAGGAUUCCAAGACCUAAAAUACCUUUCCAGCAAGGGUUUUCAAAGCCUCACGUCACUUGAAUAUCUGGUGAUCAAGAAAUGCCCUAAACUUGCCUCCUUUCCAAAGAAUGGCCUGCCUUCCUCUGUUUUGAGCUUGUAUAUCACAAAGUGCCCUCAACUUGAGCAGAAGUGCCUGAAGGGUAAAGGGCAAGAGUUGCUAGAAUUAGCCCGCAUUCCAGAGGUGAAAAUUGGACAUGAUGCUCAGAAAGAAUUCGAGCUAGAAAAUGCAUUUUCAUGAUCUAUGCUUCUUUCUUUAUUUUUCUUUUUUUAUUUAUUUUUUUAACGUUGCAUAUAGUGAUAAAAAUGGAACAGAAAAAUGUUAACAAUUGUUUGCUUUUUCAACUUCCAAUUUAUAUCUCAAUAAUGUCAUGUAUGCAAGUCAGAAUAAACAUAGCUUGCUUGUUAAGAUCUGUUUUUCAAUUA